GACAAAUGUUUCCAAACUGAAGAUAUAGAGAAAGUUUCGAUCGGAACAGAUGUGUGCUUUGUACAAAAGAGUACAGAGGACCAAUGUCUACAGACAGACUUUCCGAAAGUAACAGAAGUCACUAGACCGGAAGAGGAGACGAGCAAGAUCGGGGUACCGCCCUCCAUGAUUGAGAAUGAUGACGUGAUAGACGGCUAUCCGCCACCAGAACCACCUCAUCUUACUAAGUCUGAAGUCUUCAGCAGUCGUGGCUUCUCUGAUGUAAAGCAACACGCUCUGCAGGUUCCAGAGAUGGAAUGCAACAGUUAUGAAUCUCUGUUAAGAUACCUCUGUGGACAUUUUGAAUCAGACUUUCAGAAAGUGUAUGCGAUUUUCUGUUGGAUUAUAAACCGACAGCUUUCUGUUAUUGAUGAGGACAGGAACAGGGACUCUCCUCUCAUGAUGCAAGGGAAGGGUACUUCAACUAAGCUGAUGAGCAAAAUGUGCAGAAAGAUCAACAUACCAUGUAUUACAGUUCAAGGCUAUGAUAAAAAUGGGACGUAUGAAGUUGGUGACUUCAUGACAAAAGAGAAGCACAGUAGCUGCUGGAACGCUGUAUAUAUAGAAAAGAACUGGUGGUUUGUUUAUUGUAACGGGGCGUCGUCGACUUCAAAAGAGGAAAAUAGACCUGAGUUCAGAACAGAUCAGGAGAGGCAAUUAGAGAGUGGGUCCUCUCCUCUCAAAGCACUCUCUCGCGAUUUUUACUUUUUAACAGAUCCGUCGAUUUUUAUCCAUACUUUCUUUCCGUUUGAUGGCCGUUGGCAACUUUUAAGUAAAACAGUAAGUUUGGAAGAGUUUGAAUCCCUUCCGUUUCUCUACCCUGCCUUCCAUUUCUUAAAACUUGAAUUCGUUGAUAGGGAUAUUGCAUUCACAGAUGCUAUUUCAGAAACUUUCAAUCUUAAAAUCAGAAUUCCUCAAAUGUCGUUGGGAAAACUGAGUUUCGAUUACAAGAUUUCUCGUCUAAAACCUCAAGAGCAUGAGAGUUUGAAUAUGAAGAAGUACUCUCUCCAUUACAUCAUUGAUGAUGUUGCAUAUUUUGACUUCCGGUUUCCCGCUGCGGCAGUUGGAUAUUACAAGCUGCAGAUUUUUGGCAAAGUUUUGGGUCAUGUCACAUCUACGAUCCCUCUCUGUGAUUUUAAGUUAAAAUGUGAGAAAGGGAUAGAUUCACUUGUGCCAUUGCCGGUAGAUGCUGACGUUGGAUGGGGAGGCACGUCUGCUAAACUUGACGAACAUGGCGUUGAGGUGGUUUCACAUGCCAACGGCCUUUAUCCCUGGGUAGAAGAUGAAAUGAAAUUUGAAUUUGCUUAUCCAGAACAUAGUGAUGCGAAAGCAGAAUUAAUGAAAAUUGAUGAAAAUGAAAAACACUUUGAAAAGUCCGUCAACACCGAGAAAAAGGGCCACAACGUUAAUGUAUCUGUACACCCUCCACUAAAUAAACAAGGAGAGUUUGUUUUGAAGAUUUAUAUCCGGGACUCUAAUGCCUCAGAAUUUGUCAAUGUUUGUAAUUACCUAUUAGAGAGGACAGAGAACCAAAGUCAACGGAAGGCAAGAGAACGUCUUCUAAAGUUGCUGAGGUCUGAAGAUGUUAAACCGGCAGAAGUUCAGAAAGCCAAAGAUGAGUUUCAGAAAAGUGGAGGAAAAGACUUCGGGGAGGUUGCUAAAGCUGAAAGGAAAAUGCAUAAUAUGUCACUCAAGAAAGCUAUAGAAGAACUACGAAGAUACAACAACCCGCCUGAUUCGGUUUUAGACAUUGUGCAUGCUACAUGUAUUAUUCUUGGUCGAGACGAAAAGGAUAUUCUGAAAUGGAAACGUAAGAAGAGACUCCUUCGUAAGAUAGAGGUGACCCUGAGUGAAUUUGACUUGAAGCAUGUGUCGGCUGAUUCCCUGACCAGGGCUAAAGAUUUGCUACAGAAUAUGGACAGUGCCAAGGCCCGAAAUUCUAGCGCCGCAGCCGCCGAGCUUUAUGACUGGGCAUGUAAUCACUUUGAUAAAAGAGAUGGAGGAACAAAACUAGGGGUGAAGCAGUUGACAACACAGACACGAUGA